CGUUAAGGUACACUUUUUUGCCAGGCGGGUCGUUGAACGCCAACGCUUCGGCCGAUGAACCAAGCGACGCUCGAGCGCGACGAUGUGCUGCUUCAAUGCAUGCAUCUGGCGCAGAGUCUUCAACUCGCCUUCCCCACCAAGCAGCAUCCUCACAUGUACGACGACGCGUACCUUCCGCAUGUCGUCCACAGCCUCGCUCACACCCAGGCCUUACCCGUCGACCUCUUGUCCGCGCUCACAUUCGUCGCAGAUGUAUACCAGCAGCUCACACAAGCUCAGUACGUCGAGUCCAAUGUUCUCCAGUCUGUGCUGUACCUCUUGCAAAUGCCACCAUUGAAUGCGUUUGUCCAGCCAGCAGCUUCGUACCCCAUGCAGUACCACAGCCAUCAUCCUCACCACGAGCAUCCCCAUGCUCCGCCAUACGUAUCAGCGGUACGUCACCCAGCAACGCCGUUGUACAUGCCCCCUCUGCAGCAUUAUUACGGCAACUCGUUCACUCCCCUUCAGCCUCCGUACGCCGCGACCUCUUCCCACCGCCACGUACCUGCCACCCCGCAGCAUGUGGGCCUUCCUCCGUCCAUGAAUCAAAUGGAGUGUCCGGUAUCGCCGACGUCGUCACGCGGGUAUGCAUCUCCACCGCAGCACCUCUACCAGCAUGACCACAUCAUGCAUCCAGACGACUGCUACUACUACGACGACGAGGACCUUGCUUCGGACUCGUUUCCAUCGCAGUCGACCCCAGCCGACGCGCGGCGGUCGUCGGCGCCGUCGCCGCUCUUGUUUGCAUCACCCCCAGACGGCGGCGACUUUGGCAUCGCCCACGAGGAGACCCUUCUCGACACUUCGUUCCUGUGUCGGCAUUUCGCCACCUCGACCCUGCUUCCAUUCGACUUGUUGUCUGGUGGUGAACCUUCGGCGUCUCCCACGUACAAUCGUAGCCACCGCCCCGAAACCAAUUAUACGUUCUCCAAAGACAUCUUUUCCGUCGACCUACAACACCACAAGCAGCUGGACGACGUUGACGACGGGCACCCCCAUCAUGGCGGCCAGCCACAACGACCCCUCUUUGCAUUUAGCCAUCAACAUCACGAGAGCUGCUACGAUCGUCAUGAUGAUGGAGCUCCCAAGGCGAGCCCUUCUGCCCACAUCCAUCCAGCUUCUUUGUCAUCGCUACCACGCAAGGCUUUGCCGAUACCGUCGACGCACGAGGUAGAUCAGUACCUGUCCACCACCACAUCGUCACCCAGUACGUCGCGCGAGGACGACUUGUAUGAUGCCGCCCUCGAGUUGCGCUUUCAGCCGUUCCUCGACAGCUUAACCCACGACGACGAUGACGACAACGAUCAUGUGGCCACGUGUGUCAGUUUAAACCAAGUACAGCCCCAACAGUCGCAAUUCGAUGGCCAAGACCAUGAGCCCCACCUCGACGACGACGAUGAGCCCGCCGGUCCUACCCACGAGGAUGAUCGAAUGCAACCCCCCCAUGCCCAACUGCAUCCGUGCAGUGACGAGCCAGAGGCCGUGCCGUCGAUGUCGGCGAGCCUACUUGCGGACGGCGAGAGCGUGACCUCGUCGAGCAGUGCGUCAUUAGAUGACGUGGAAGCCACCAGUGCCACAAAGCUGUCAACCAAAGGCGACGCUGAGGUACAUGUAGUACAGCCGAAGCGGCGCUACUUGUACGAUGCCCCCACCGCGUUGGAGAUUCAAAACCAGUCGGUGCAGAUACAUAUGCACACCACUUCCAACAACCACAACGACGCGGCAUCCAAGCCACCACCGCGCACAACUGCUACUACUGCUACUGCUACUACUACUAAUCCUCGUGCUACUACGACCAAGUCGAUCAACAAGGAACCACUGGCUACGACAGAAGACGUGGUCGCUGCCAUGACGACGUGGAUUUCACGCAUGCAUGCGCAAGGCCACCGCUUUGACGACAAAGCUCGACAAAAGUUCCAAGAAUUGGCGGCGGUCGAUCCGUACCGCGCCGUGGGCAUCACCGUGAGCUUCGACCUUCGCAACCACACGAUCCAAAACAAGUCGGCGUGGCUUGCCCGCGCCUGCUUCAACUGCCAACGUAAACACCAUCCGUCGACCUUGGCUACCAAGUCCACGAGCUACCGCAAAGCCGUGCCAUCCAAGAUCACCAGGACAGCCACCACGACGUCAACUCCGCUGCCGCCCAAGUGAGUGUCCAAUCACAAACGCCACCUGUAAUACUUCAACAUGCCAAAACCAUUUGAUUUGUUUUUCGAGGGUUCAUGUGUAAAAAAG